UCUUGCCUGCCUGCAAGUGACUGUGUCAUCUUCUUCGUAAUCGGACCCAAAGGGGGUCUCUCUCGCUCUUUCUCAUUUGGGUGUUCUGUUCUCACACUCGUAAUGGCACUCUCUUCUCCUCCUUCUCUUCAACCUCCAAGUUUGAUACACUCACCUAACAACUUUCGGUCUACAUUUUUGGGAGAAAAAAAUGGGUUCUGUGUUUCUGCAAUGCCUGUAUGUCAUAUUGGUUUGUUGAGGAAGACUAUAGAAUGCAAGGAAUCACGAAUAGGGAAGCAACCAAUUCAAGUGCCAUCCAAUGUUACCAUCACAUUGCAGGGUCAGGAUUUGAAAGUUAAGGGUCCUUUAGGAGAACUUUCAAUUCUUUAUCCACGAGAAGUUAAAAUUGAGAGGGAAGAUUCUGGGAUUAUAAGAGUUAAGAAAGCACUAGAGACAAGAAGAGCCAAUCAAAUGCAUGGACUUUUCAGGACGCUUACGGACAACAUGGUGGUAGGAGUAUCGAAGGGGUUCGAAAAGAAACUUCAAUUGAUCGGCGUCGGUUAUCGAGCGAUGGUAGAAGGAAAAGACCUGGUAUUAAAUCUUGGGUUCUCUCAUCCAGUUAGAAUGGCGAUACCGGAUGGGAUUCAGAUAAAAGUGGAAGAAAACACAAGAAUUACAGUGAGUGGAUAUGAUAAAUGUGCCAUUGGUCAGUUUGCUGCCUCUAUUAGACAAUGGAGACCCCCAGAACCUUACAAGGGUAAAGGAGUGAAAUAUGCUGAUGAAAUCGUAAGAAGAAAAGAAGGAAAAGCAGGGAAGAAGAAGUAAUGGCUUGUAAUUCAUUGUUGGUUUUUUAAUCUCUCUUUUUGAAAUAUUUGUAUUUUUUUUUUCUAGUAUCAGAAAGGAUUAUUGUCACAUAACCGUUUGACUUUCUUUUCUUUGUCCAUUGGAUGUGAAAAUUUGCUAGAAUUCUUUCUUUCCCCUCUAA